AUGGCACCCAUCACCCUCGACAUGAUCCGCCGCAGGGCGGAGCACAACGAGGGCAUGGUGGGCAACCUCGAGGAGAUCGCGCUGCACCAGCAGGAGAUCGAGAAGAUCGAGGCGCUAGGCCAGAUCUGCCGCCACCUCAAGAUCCUCUACAUGCAGAACAACCUCAUCUCCAAGCUCCAGAACCUGCACAGGCUCAAGGAGCUCGAGUACCUCAACAUGGCUCUCAACAACGUGACGAAGAUCGAGAACCUGCAGCGAUGCGAGAGCCUGCAGAAGCUGGACCUCACGAUGAACUUCAUCACGAAGGCGUCGCUGCUCACCGUGCACACGCUGGACGCGUGCCCAAAACUGGACGACCUGUACCUCAUGGGCAACCCGUGCGCGGACUUUGGCGGGUACCGCGCCUUCGUCAUCGGCACCUUACCCCAACUCAGGCGCCUGGACGGUAAGGACGUCACGCCCUCCGAGCGCAUCCUGAGCAAACAGGAGCUGCCGCGGGUCACGGAGCGACUGAUGAAGGAGCUCGCCGCCGACGGGGUGAACAUCGAGGAGGCGUCCAGGGUAUCCGACGCCAGGGACCUGGGACCGGACGAGGACGACAUCGCGGAGGUGCUCGCCAUGCCCGAGGACGAGAGGCCGUGGACGGCGGCGACGCGCGUCGCCGAGCAGAGGGAGUUCGCUAAACAGCGAGACGCCAACGAGGAGAGUAAACGGGAGCACAACAAGCGCCUGUUCAACCCCGACGGCACGAAGAAACACGCGCGCAGGGAGGGCUUCCCCGAUCUGCCGGACGACCUGGACGACGUGAAGCAGUGCAACGAGCCGGGGCUGACGUUCAGGUUGGACGACGGCGACGACGGGAACGACGUGGUGUUGGACUGCCACGUGGGCAAGUACAUGGACACGAGUCUCAUCGACGUGGACGUUCAGACCCGGCUCGUUCGCGUGCUCGUCAAGGGGAAGAUGCUGUGUCUGGUGCUGCCGGAGGAGGUGAAGCCGGACGCGAGCACCGCGCAGCGCUCGAAGGUGACCGGCGCGCUCGUGGUGACGAUGCCGAAGGCUUUCCGAAAGCCCAAGAGGGGCGAGGAGAAAAAAGACGAGUACGUGGUCGACGGCGGCGGGGGCGUCGAGGGUUCGAAAGGCCAGGUCGGCGGCUCGAACCCGGGGAAGGGCAUCGACGCGAAGAAUAAGAAGAGUCUGAUCAAGGAGCUGGGCGGGGUGAGCAUACGCGGCAUCGUGCGGGACGCGCACGUCGCGGACAUCGGCGGGUUCACCAUCGCGGAGUCUGUCAAAACCGCGGCGCCGGCGACGCCGGCUGUCGUUACGGCUGUGCUCGACUCCGACGACGACGAGCCCCCGCCGCUCUGA